AUGACAACCACAUCUACGGCAUUUCAAGUGAUCAAUUGCAACAUUGACAGAAGCCCCUCCCUCUCUCGCAAUUUUCAUCACUUCAAGACCUCACUUUCUUCUUCUUUCAAGACAAUGGUGAGAGAAUUGCGACAAAUUCCGAUGCAAAUAGAUGCUUUAAGAAGCAUCAAGAACGCUUAUGUGAAAAUAUUGGACGCCUUUGUUGAUUCGGUGUUCGAGUUUGCUGACCGGCCGUUGCUCCCAUCUCACACUAACUUCGCUCCUGUAGAUGAGUUGGAAGAAGCCCUUCUGAUAACUGACAUUGAAGGAAACAUUCCCGACAACUUCCAAGAAGGUGUCUAUAUCAGAAAUGGAUCGAACCCCCUUUUUGGGGGACAAAAAUCGACCAAGUCCAUAUUUGGAAGGUCAAGUUACAUCUGGGUGGAAGGAGAAGGAAUGCUUCAUGCUUUGUAUUUUACCAAAGAAGGUGAUGGAAGCUGGAAUGUUGUAUACAAUAACAGAUAUGUUCAAACCGAAACAUUCAAACUAGAAAAGCAAAGAAAUAAACCCUCUUUUCUCCCAGCCACAGAAGGCGAUUCCCCUGCUAUUUUGUCUGCUUAUCUCCUGAAUACGUUGAGGUAUGGCAAAGUAAACAAGGAAGCAAGCAACACCAACAUUUUCAAGCAUUCAGGGAAGUUAUAUUCAAUUGCAGAAAAUGACAUCCCUCAGGAGAUUGACAUUUUUACACUAAAAACUUGUGACAAUUGGGAUGUUAAUGGAUCCUGGAAACGACCUUUUACCAGCCACCCAAAGAGAGCUCCAGAUACUGGAGAGUUGGUUAUUAUGGGGGUGGAUGCUAUCAAACCUUUUCUUGAAGUGGGAGUGGUUUCUGCCGAUGGGAAGAAAUUGAUUCAUAAAGUGGAUGUCAAACUGAAUAGGUGUACCCUAUGCCAUGACAUAGGGGUAACCCAGAGGUAUAAUGUGAUCUUGGAUUUUCCACUGACUAUAAACCUAAAAAGACUUAUUAGUGGAGGCCCAUUGAUAAAGUACAAUGGGGAAGAAUAUGCAAGGAUUGGGAUUAUGCCUCGAUAUGGUGAUUCAGAUUCAAUCCAGUGGUUUGAGGUGGAACCCUGUUGUUCUUUACAUAUUUUCAACAGUUUUGAGGAUGAUGGCGAGGUUGUAGUGUGGGGGUAUAGAGCUCUUGAUUCAAUCAUUCCUGGGCCUGAUAUGGGUGUGAAUAAAUUUGAGUGGUUUUCCAGAAGAUUUAGGCCUAAAAAUUCAGAUGAAAAAAGUAUUGAUGCCUCAACAGAAGAUGGGUUACUAUUUUCUCGUUGUUAUGAGUGGAGAUUACACAUGCAGACUGGAGAAGUUAGGGAGAGAAAUCUCACUGGAACCAAAUUCUCUAUGGAUUUUCCUAUCAUCAACGAAAAUUUCAUAGGUGUUAAAAGCAGAUAUGGGUACACCCAAGUUGUUGAUUCAACUGCGAGCUCUACCUCUGGCUUGCCUAAAUAUGGAGGUCUAGCCAAAUUAUACUUUGAGGAGGCAGACACAAGAUCUAGUUUGAGAAAAAGAAGUUGUGAGGAGGAGCUGAUCAAGGUGGAAUACCAUAUGUUUGAGGAGAACACCUUCUGCACUGGUGUUGCCUUUGCCCCAAAACAUGGAGGUGUUGAAGAAGAUGAUGGCUGGAUAAUCACGUUUGUUCACAAUGAAAAUAGCAACACAUCCCAAGUUUAUAUAAUUGAUACCAAGAAGUUUUCUUGUGAGCCAGUUGCCAAAAUUGCAUUGCCAUGCAGAGUUCCCUAUGGAUUUCAUGGAGCUUUCAUGACAAUAUGA